UCGCCGCUCGUUACCUCCGGUGAACAUGGAGUUCUUGGCUCUCCCCGGGGUCGUGCUCAGGGUGUUUGGCGGGUUCCCGGCGCUGGCCGUGUUCUGCACCGUCUUUGCCCUGGCCUUUGACUUGAUGAAGAGGUGGAAGAAGUGUAGCAACUACCCUCCCGGGCCCCGGGCUCUGCCUUUCCUCGGCAACCUUCUACAAGUGGAUCUGCACAACCCGCAUCUGUCAUUCACAAAGCUGCGGAAGACGUACGGCGAUGUGAUGAGCUUAGAUUUUGGGUGGACAAACGUGGUGGUGUUGAGCGGCUACAAGGCCCUGAAAGAGGCGCUGGUGAAGAAAUCAGAAGAUUUUGCGGAUCGACCAGACCUCCCAAUAUACGAAAAGAUCUUUAAGCAGAUUGGUGAAGGUAUUCCGCUCGCAAAGUAUGGUGACUGGUGGAAAGCGCAGAGAAGAUUUGCACUUUUGACGCUGAAAAAUUUUGGGCUCGGAAAGAAGUCUCUUGAAUUGCGAAUUGUGGAAGAAGCUGGAUUUUUAAACCAAGCAUUUGAAGGUGAACAAGGUGGCUCUAUUGAUCCUCACAUCCAUUUAACUUAUGCAACUUCAAAUAUUAUCUGUUCGAUUAUCUUUGGAGAUCGUUUUGAGUAUCAUGACAAAACGUUCCAUGAAUUUUUGGGCAUACUUGAUGAAGGCUUUGCAUUGCAAGGUGGAUUUUGGGCCCAGCUGAUAAAUGCCUUGCCUUUUGUUCGACACCUCCCGGGCCCACAACAGAAAAUAUAUGAAAACCAAAAGAAAGCCUCUCAGUUUAUACAAGAAAUAAUCACAAGGCACAAAGAUUCAUGGGAUCCAGAUGAUCCUAGGGACUUCAUUGAUGCUUUCUUUAUACAAAUGGAGAAGAUGAAACACACUCCCAACACAAGUUUCCAGGAGCCCACGCUGAUCGGGACAUUAUUGAGCCUUUUUGCUGCAGGUACAGAGACCACCUCCACCACCCUAAACUGGGCCUUGCUCUUCAUGGUGCUCCAUCCUGAUAUACAGUCCCAGGUCCAUGAGGAGAUUGACAGGGUCAUUGGGAACGGGAGGAAGCCAAAGCUGGAAGACCGUGAGGAAAUGCCAUUCACUAAUGCAGUUAUCCACGAAACCCAACGCUUAGGAAAUAUUGUUCCAAUUUCACUGCCUCAUCAAACAUACAGAGACACUGAGGUCAUGGGUUACACCAUUCCUAAGGGAACAAUGAUCUUUCCAAACAUUACCUCAGUCUUGUAUGAUGAAGACAUUUGGUUGACUCCACAUCAGUUUAAUCCGGGACACUUCCUGAAUUCGGACAGGAUGUUCAUGAAGCCAGAAGCUUUCAUCCCAUUCUCUGCAGGUCACCGUGUGUGUUUGGGGGAGCAGCUGGCAAAGACGGAGCUCUUCAUCUUCUUCACGUCCUUGCUCCAACACUUCACCUUCUCUCUCCCGGAAAACAAGCCGCGACCCAACUACAGGGAAGCUAGAUACCAAAUUACCCUCUGUCCACCCUGCUAUCAGCUGUGUGUUAAAACCAGAGUGAUGAAUGUCUUGCCCUUUAUUCAACACCUCCCGGGCCCACAACAGAAAUUAUUUGAAAAUCAAGUUAAAAUCACUCAAUUUUUAAACGACAUAGUCAUAAAGCACAAAGAAUCGUGGGAUCCAGAUGAUCCCAGGGACUUCAUUGAUGCUUUCUUUACACAACAGGAGAAGGUGAAACACAUCCCCAACACAAGUUUUCAGGAGUCCAAGAUGGUAGUGACAUUAUGGGGCCUUUUUACUGCAGGUACAGAGACCACCUCCACCACCCUAAACUGGGCCUUGCUCUUCAUGGUGCUCCAUCCUGAUGUACAGUCCCAGGUCCAUGAGGAGAUCGACAGAGUCAUUGGGAACGGGAGGAAGCCAAAGUUGGAAGACCGUGAGGAAAUGCCAUUCACUAACGCAGUUAUCCACGAAACCCAACGCUUAGGAAAUAUUGUUCCAAUUUCACUGCCUCAUGAAACAUGCAGAGACACCGAGGUCAUGGGUUACACCAUUCCUAAGGGAACAACAAUCUUUCCAAACAUUACCUCAAUCAUGUAUGAUGAAGACAUUUGGUUGACUCCACGUGAGUUUAAUCCGGGACACUUCCUGAAUUCUGACGGGAUGUUCGUGAAGCCGGAAGCUUUCAUCCCAUUCUCUGCAGGUCACCGUGUGUGUUUGGGGGAGCAGCUGGCAAAGACGGAGCUCUUCAUCUUCUUCACGUCCUUGCUCCAACACUUCACCUUCUUUCUCCCGGAAAACGAGCCACGUCCGAACUUCAGGGAAGCUAUAUAUGGAUUUACCCUCUGUCCUCUCCCCUAUCGUCUCUGUGCUGAAACCAGAUGAGAUGUAAUAGAGUGAAAACUAGUCAGAGGUUGCCGAAUCUGUGGAAGUCAUUGCCACAGACGGAUGCUGAAGCUAGGUUAUUGGGUAUUUUUCACAAUCACAACCACAAUAAUACUUUAUUAGUCAAGCAUGUUUUGCAAUAUAUGAGAAACUUAAUUUGCCAAGUCAGUUCUACAAAUAAAAAGCAGCAGAAAACACAAAAUAUAUUUGAACUUAAACAUCCACCACAGUGACUCCUCCACAUUCCUCACUGUGAAGGAAGGCGAAAAAUAGUGUUCAAAUUUCUUCCCUUCUUUGCUCUACCGUGGUUGGGGGCCUCAAGCCCUCCGUUGACGGGACGGUCUUGACUCCCGUAGCCGGCGUUGUUUGGGCCCUCCGUGUCUGGGUGAUAAGCUGGUGCAUCGGGGGGAUAUCAGCUCUCUGUGUCGGCGAACGGACCCUCGUCAAACCUCUGCGUCAUUGGAGCUCCCGACUAGCCUUUCCCGAGAAUGCGAGCUAAUGAUGGUAAUGUCCGCAGGCCGCGUUUGGAGCGAUCCCAGGCAAGGGAUCGAUUCUGAUGUUAAGUAAUUAACAGAUAUUUGAUUAGUAUGGGUAUCAAGGGUUAUGGGGAGAAAGCUGGAGAAUGUGACUGUGAUAAAGAUUGCUCAGCUGUGAUUGAAUGGCAGAAUGGACUUUGGGCCAAAUGGACUACUUUUACUCCUUUGACAUAUAAACUUAUGACCUGGCAAAAAAAUGAAUUCUGCAGCAUCACAGUACAGAAUAGUUCCAUAUUAUCAUACUCACUUACUCCUGGGCCAAUGGGGCUGUUUCUAAGUGACUUGGCUGAAGGGAGGAAUUAUGGGGACAUCUCAGAUUGGUGCUGCACCACCAACAUGGAUAUCGCCAUUAGGGUCAGUGUGUACAGAACCCACUUUAGGUUCCUGUGCACUCUUGGUGUGACCCAAUUCCUCACCUAAAUUCUUCCACUUCCCCCAUCACCCUGACCGCAAACACACCCUGUUAACAAACCUAUCGUGGUGUCCAGAAUCUAAAUUGUUAAGUUUGACCAAUCAUUCUCAAUGUCAUGUUAAUUUGCACGUUGUGUUAUACAGGUGUGUGUUGGCCUAAUGGCACAAUGGGUGGUUGUAAUAUUGUAAUUUAAAUAAAAUAUAUAUAUAAAAAAUAAAGAAUGUACAACCGUAGUGCAUUUGACGAUGUGGCCAGAUGGCACCUCCAGCCAGAAUUAAUCUCAUUUCAAACAGAGGUGAAGAAUGUGUUCCAGGCCUUAUCUACACUUCCUGGAGGAUGCGCAAAGUCCACAUUUCAUCUGAAAUAAACAUUGCGGCCUCCACCGGACACACACCAAGAGUGACCAGAGGUAAACAAAAAAGCUGGAGAAACUCUGCGGGUGAGGCAGCAUCUAAGGAAAUAGGCAAAGUUUCGGGUCGAGACCCUUCUUCAGGCUGAUGUACUUAAAGGGAGGAAUAGUGGGGACGUGCCUUUACGGUCACUAACCAGUUUCCAGGCAACAAUUCUCUUGUUCACGCUUUCUUUCAAUAUGUUCACAAAACCUCCCACAUUAACUUGUACAACUAGAGUGAUCAAAUAAAAUAAACUUUACAAGCCAUU